UGGCCUUUUGGAGCGACCUACUGCACUCUCAGUAACUUCAUGGCUAACGUCACCAUAGCUGCCAGCGUCUUUACUCUCACGGCGAUAUCCUCUGAUAGAUACAUUGCCAUUGUCAGACCACUGAAGCCAAGGAUGUCGAAAGGUGAAGCACUCCAGGUUAUCCUCAUUAUCUGGAUAUCUUCCAUGAUUUUAGCUAUCCCUUGUCUUCUGUUCUCCACUACUGUCUCUAUCAGGUACAAAAACGAUGAAAUUCGACGGGGUUGCUUCUUAGCGUGGCCAGACGGCGACACCAGCACCUCAUACAUGGAGUAUGUGUACAACACUGUGUUCUUCAGCAGCACAUAUAUCCUGCCUAUGUGCGUCAUGUUAGUGAGUUACUCGCUCAUUGGAUGUGAACUCUGGGGAAGCAGGUCAAUCGGCGAGCCUACUGACAGACAAGCCACCUCCAUUAAGUCAAAAAAACGAGUGGUGCGCAUGUUGAUGGUAAUUGUUACCAUCUUCAUGUUGUGCUGGCUGCCACAGCAAGGUUUCUUCCUCUACCAGUACCACAACAGACACGUCCUGGAUACUGAAAACAUUCAACAUAUCUACUUAGGCUUCUACUGGUUGGCUAUGGCAAACGCCAUGGUUAACCCUAUGAUAUAUUACUGGAUGAAUACCAGGUUCCGCACUUACUUCCGUGAGGUGGUGCUGCAGUGCUGUCCGGGACGGUGGAGGUGCUGGAACCAUUUCUGUUUAUCCAGGAAAAACAGAUUUCUUGAUUCACCUCAACUCCAGAGCAGACAGGACAGUGCUGAGCACACAUCACGCACCAGGUCAGAUGGGCGUGUGAAUACCAACGUAGUACCUAGAAGCACGGCUGGUCAUCACGAUAACCUCUUCACGUACUCGAAAAAGAGUUUUAGAUGUAGCCAUAAGGGUCCUGUGCGUGACGAGCAGAGUGACCAGACAGUGGAGUACCCGAAGCAUCCCUUCACAUCAAGACCCAAAUACAGGACACGAGAGACCUGUAGUCUUGUGCCUGUGAGAUACAAGGAUUUAUCUCAGGGCUAUCGUGUGCCUGGGGGAGACGAGGACUUGCCCCAGGGCUAUACUAAGCCUGGGGUAGACAAGGAGUUACCUCAGGGGUAUCUUGUGCCUGGGGGAAACAAGGAGUUACCCCAAGGCUAUACUGAUUCUGGGGAAAACAAGGAUUUACCCCAGGUCCAGUAUCUCUCCCAUCCGAGUACAAUCAGCAUCAACAUCCAUCAAACAUCAACCAUAAACCCCCACAUGAAUGGAGUGAACAGAAUCAUUAGCCAACCGGCCACAGAAGAAUCGACAGACGAGGUAAUCAGAGAGCAUGGAAGGACCAAGGAGAAGCAAAUAGAUGUUGAUUCUCCUGUCCAACCAGUCUCGAGAUUACCAGCAUCAUCCAUGAAAUCUAAACCUUGUAUGGCUUACAUUCUGCAUCCCGUUGCUUGUAGAAACGAACCAGCAUCACCUCGUCUGUGUAGCCAGUUAAUACACAGCUCCACAAACAAUACAAUAGCGAAAAUCGACAAACUAGAGGAAAACAGUGUGGAAAGAGAUCGCAAACUAGCUGUGUCAAAUUUUGCAACUGACGAAGAUGCAACUAUAGUCGAUCCCAGCAGGAGAGUCACUAAGCAACGCUUCGGUGAUACUGACGUGGCAGUGAACAAGUUAGAAACGAAGCAAGCUGAGAGAGUGAAAUUACACACCGUUCAACAAGCAAUUGCAGACACAAUAAACUCUGCAUUGCAAGACUUCAACACCAGUCACCACUGUGACUUACACGUGACUGAAGGGGCUUUAGACACGCACAUCAGUCUGAAUGCCUCCAAAGAGAUAAUGUUGUGAUGUUAAAUAAUUUCAAACGUAAUUUUAAACCUUAAA